GAAUAGAAAAAAAGGCUGAAAAUUUCAAGAUAUAAGUAAUCAAGCACAAGCAUUGGCACUCAAUAGUCUGGUUUUGAUUCAGUUUAGCAUCUAUUUUUCAGGUUUUCUGGAAAUUCCAGGACGCAUUGGUAGAGCCUAACCUAAUCUAAGUUGUAAGAAGGGUUAACAUUGUUGGUUUAAGGAAGAAUGAACAACGGAGCGGGAAAACGGAUCAAUGGUGGAGUUGAAGAGGAUGAUGAGGAAGAUGAUGUGAAUGGGGAUCUUGAUGCAUGGGAGAGAACUUACACCGAUGAGAGAUCGUGGGAAUCUUUGCAAGAGGAUGAAUCGGGGAUGCUUCGCCCCAUUGACAACCAGGCACUUUAUCAUUCACAGUAUCGUCGGCGCCUUCGUUCGCUUUCAUCCACUGCUGCUCGGAUACAAAAGGGUCUCAUUCGUUAUCUUUACAUUGUUAUCGAUCUUUCCAAGGCAGCUUCGGAGAUGGAUUUUCGACCAAGUCGAAUUGCUGUCAUUGCAAAACAUGUUGAGGCUUUUAUCCGGGAGUUCUUUUACCAGAAUCCUCUUAGUCAAGUUGGCAUUGUGACUAUAAAAGAUGGGGUUGCUAGCUGCUUAACAGAUCUCGGUGGUAGUCCUGAGUCUCAUAUCAACGCUUUGAUGAAGAAGUUGGAAUGUUCAGGUGAUUCCUCCUUGCAGAAUGCAUUGGAUCUCGUAGAUGGCUAUCUGAAUCAAAUUCCGUCAUAUGGCCAUCGUGAAGUUCUUUUACUGUAUUCUGCUCUCAGUACUUGUGAUCCUGGAGAUAUAAUGGAGACCAUUCAGAAAUGCAGGAAAUCUAAAAUAAGAUGUUCAGUUAUUGGCCUCGCUGCAGAAAUGUUUAUAUGCAAACAUCUCUGCCAAGAAACCGGAGGAACAUACUCUGUUGCACUCGAUGAGUCCCAUUUUAAAGAGCUAAUAUUGGAGCAUGCACCGCCGCCACCAGCCAUAGCAGAAUUUGCAGUUGCUAAUUUGAUCAAGAUGGGAUUCCCACAAAGAGCAGCUGAGGGUUCUAUAUCAAUUUGUUCAUGUCAUAAAGAAGCCAAGGUAGGUGCAGGUUACACUUGUCCCAGGUGCAAAGCCCGUGCAUGUGAACUCCCUACCGAAUGCCGUGUCUGCGGGUUGACACUCGUGUCUUCACCCCAUUUGGCUAGAUCAUAUCAUCAUCUCUUUCCUAUAGCACCAUUCGACGAGGUGUCCUCAUCUCGUCUAAAUGAUCCAAUCCGCAAACAGCAAAGGAAUUGUUUCGGGUGCCAACAAAACCUCCUCGAUUCAGUAAACAAAGCCGGGCUCGCCGUCGUGUGCCCGAAGUGCAAACGGUACUUCUGCCUGGACUGUGACAUUUACAUUCACGAGAGUCUGCACAAUUGCCCUGGUUGUGAUAGCUUCAGGCAUUCCAAGGCAGCCACUGCAAAUGAAGAUUAGCAAUUACUUUUGCAGCGGAAAUUCAUAGUUUUGUGGCUCCCAUUCCCGUGUCAUAUGCUACUUUCUCUUGGAACAUUUUCUGGGAAUUUCCCAACUUCGACGAUUGGAUUUAAUAUUUUGUGACACCAUAUAUUAUAUAGAGAACUUUGGGACAUGGUUUCAUUUGCUGAAAAUUCAGUAUUUUUCUCAUCUUUUUAAUAGAAUGCUAAUAUUUAUUUUGCUCCUUUGGUCCCAUGAAAUCAACCCUUUUUGAAACA